UGAUCAGCGAGCUGGUAGAGGAGGAGUCUCACACACAGGGAGGAGAAAGACUGACAGGGACCAAGGGGAGUUCUCCAUGCGCACACCCCUACAAACAUACACACUCAAGCUCCUGCUCUCACACAUCGCUUUACACACAGGCAGGGAUCUUAAACACGGAGGACUUCGUAUGACAGGACACCAAACCAGGAUCUGGACAGCCUGUAAGCUUCACAUGGCACAUGAUCUGGAAUCCUAAAAACGGACAGAAACCACCUGAACCCAAAGCACAGCCUCAUUUCCAAAGUGAUUUACAUUGCAAAGCCGCAAUCUACUCGUCUCGGACUUGCGUAACCAACUAUGUCAAAGGAUGAGGAAAUUCCGAGCCCAUCUCCAGAUAACCGGAAGAAAUUUUAAUGUAAAAGUAUAUCGGACAAGGAGAAGUCAUCAUGAGAAGGAAUCUGUAGGCCACUGGUAGAGUACUUAAUAACCAUCCCUCCCGCAGAAGGGUCUCGCCGUCGACUCAUUACAUGGAUAUACAGUGUGGAUGGACAGCUCACAUUAGCGCCUCCAAUCCUGCCUCCAUUAGGGAUUUGCCCUCCCCUCCUUCUGCUUGAGGUCAACCCAACACAACACCACCUUGAUAAGUCUGGCUUAGCUGGCCACUUGAGUUUCAAUGCUCCACGCUGCUCUAAGAUGAGGGUAUGGAAAGAGGUCACCCUCGCCUUCAUCCUGUUUGGUACCUCGUUUUUCCUCCUGCUUAUGAAAACCACAUCACCUGUUGGGUCUUCCUACCCAAAGGCCUUAAGGAUUUCAUCAGACCCUUCCUCACAUCCAGCAGACACAGCACUUGAACUGCCUCAAUCAUCCUCAUCUUUACUCUCAUCAACCUCAGCGAGGAAGCCAGCGCCGCGCCGAGUGGUCAGAGCCACAGAGGACAUGGGCUCUCUUAUCUCAGAAUUCUCGUAUCUCUUCCAAAGCUUCACCGAGGGCGAGCUGAGGAAGGUGAUCACGACCCUGGUGGAGCAGAAGGAGAGGAUGAUCAGAACCAAACGAGCGAGGAAGGGCCCGAAGCCAUGCUCUCUACACGAGAUCGAGCUCACUGUGAGCGAGCUGGGGCUCGGGUACGAGAGCGAUGAGACGGUGCGCUUCAGGUACUGCAGUGGGAAGUGCAUCCACGAACGACGCAACUAUGACUUUGUCAUGGAGCACAUGCAGUUAAAUAACGGCUCCAGUGAGAGGGGCCGGCGAGGACGGGAAAAUGGAAAAAAAGACAAGGCACGCUACACCCCAUGUUGUCGACCUACAAAGUUUGAGAAGAAAAUGUCUUUCUUUGACAACAAGGACAGGUUCUACACCAUCCAGAACGUCUCUGCGAGAGCGUGCGGUUGCGUAUGACAUUCUGUUAACUAUGGAAACAUGGGAGAAACAAGGGAGAAUGUCUAUACCUCACAACGGCAACAGAGAACGUUUUAAAAUUCCGUGGUAAACAUAAGAACUUUGGAAAGGGUGACCAUGUGACACGCAGAAACCAUGGAAUUGUUUUAGAACGUAGGGCAAAUUGCAAUUCUGAAAAAGAUGCUGAGAGGGGCCCACAAUGCCAUCAUGGAAAGAGUGAAAGCUACAGAAAAGCGAUACGCAAAACACAAAAGACGAAGUCUGAAAUGUCUAAAGCCUUGGCAACUAUGGGAUAAAGUUUCGUUUCUGCCUUUUCAGUGGUUACAGGCACUUUUGAUUAGCACCGGGCACUGGACUUUAAUCAAAGGUGCAUCGCUGGUUUAAUUCGAUGGGACCAAAGCUGGCGGGAGACUCCUUUCGCCUUCCACUGGAAACUUCUGCAGAAGAACAAGUACAGAUAUAAUAGUAUUUAACCAAAUUUAUAAAUAUAUAUAGAUUAAUGGUAGAGGGCUACAGCAACAACUGUAUGCUGCUCGCUUUUGUUACGAAUCUGAAUACUGAAGUAUGAAGUGCAUCGCAGCUGUGAAUACUACCUCAUUGCUUUCUUCGUUUCUUUUUUGUUUGUUUUCUUAGAAGAAUGCACAUGCAAUGAACCUUGUUCUACCACACCCACUUCCUAGGAUUAUGCUAGUCAGAAAUAUGAAUCAGAGGUAUACAUGUAGAUAAAUGCUUCUCAACCAAAAGUCUCCUAGGAUGGAUAUUACCUAAAACAACACUGUUUUGAAACUUGAAAUGUAUAUACACACUAUCAAACCCCUGAAUUUGACCUUAAAGCCUUGCCAAAGCAUGUCUGAUCAAAUCCAAACUUCCCCUGUCCUUGAGACAAUUUACACCCUGAUAUUUACGUAAAAAAAUAGGAAUACUUGAUCCAAUUCCAGGGGCCAAUUGGGAAAAGUAUAGCUUAAAAAGUUUUCCCAAUGGUGUCGUCCCUCAAAGAUCUUAAAAGUUCAUUUUUCUCAUGGUCACGUUCAUGUUCACAUUCUUUAAGACAAUGACACUUGAGAUACAUUCUUUUGGAAAGUAAUUCCAGGUUUAGUCCUUCUCACAGAAAAUAUACAUUUAUUAUCCUUGAACACAUUUAUGGACAAGUAAUUGUAACCUUUAAUUAUGCAGAUGGAACAUUAUACUGUUAGAAAUAAAGGUUCUUUGUAGCACUUCACAUUAAUCAAAUUUCUGUCCUCAUAAGAACCAUUUUCUGCUGUACAAGUUCAAAAAUUCAUUAAAAUUCUUGAUUCUUUAGAUCAAAGUAUUUGUUUUGGGGUUCUAAGGCAACGGUAAAUUGGGUUAAACUUCACAAAACCUGUCAAGAACAUGGGUUACUUCAUCUUAGAAUCAAAUCAAAUGCA